AUGGCUGAGCUACUCACCCCGGUGAGGACGACGUACUUGCGCACGAGGAAGGAUGGCGAGUCGCCACCAGUACAAGCUCGACCAGCUACGGAGGCACGCGCGGUUUUGAAAUCCCCCAAAGCCCUCUCUGCGGACGAUGCUUUGUCAGUCCUGAAGAGUCAGCCAGACUAUGAUUCGUUGAUUGCCGUCCUUCGAUUUCUCACCGAGAAGGACGUGUCUUCCGAGUUUAGUAUUCACGUGCCCGGUCCCAAGAGUGCUGCCAUCAUCCAUGUCCUGGUAUCGGAAAUCGUGCCGAACUACUGGACUUUACUACAGCAAGGUCCGUCAGCAAAGGAGGGGGAAUCAUUUGCUUCGACACCCGCUGACGCUGCGUUCCUGACUUCGAGUCUGCAGAGUGUCGCUGGCAUCAACGCAGUAGUAGGACACAUUAAAGCCCUGGUUCAGGAAUUCAAACUCGCCAAGAGAGAUAUCAAGCGGCCUGAUAUUGACCUGAACCUUCAGCUGUUUUUGCAUCUCUUGUCCGUGCUGUUGGACGGAGACGACUCGAUUCGACGACUUUGGCAAUCUUCAACGGCUGGUUUAGCGGAUGCAGUUUCGAAGAAAGUUCAGUCCCAAACUCUGAUCUCCUUGGUAUCUAGUGGCAGAAUCAUCUCCAUUUGCGCCGAGGCUUCGGAUAUCAUUGCCGACCAAGGCAGCCCUAUCCGUGGUCGAUGGCUCGUAAGCGGUGUUGAGUAUAGCAAAUGGAUAGGCCGAAACAUUACAACAUGGACCUUGGUUGCUGUCAUCAUCGAUGAGCUUCUGCUGUCUGAAGCCCCAUCUGUUGGAGCAUUCUCCCAAGUUUGUUUUCACAAACCACAGACAUCCAAGAAAGUAAUAUACACACUCCUGGAACAUCUGUCACAGAAGUUCUUGAAUCAGUUGGUUCUGGAAGAUACGAAACCGGUUGAGGAGAUCUCUGCUGUUGCUGGCGUACUCGAUGCUGUCAUACAGAAUGACGCCGGCCGCAAAACUCACCUCUUGACUUGGUGCUGCAGUCCGUCUGGGGCUGGGCUAGGCUAUGGGAUCGGUAUUCGUCGAGCUGUGGUGGCUGUUUUGGCAAAGGACAAAGGGGGAAUUACUUCACUUCUGGAGAAGAGCUUGAACCAGUUCGGAGACGAACUUUACAUCAAACACACUGCAAUUCUGCAGCAAGAGGCCCACGCCCAAGUAUUGCUGCUCAGUGCUUCAUAUGUAGCAAAGUUCUGUCCCAUAAAAUUUACCAAGCUUCUCCGCUCGGGAAGCUAUUUACGAACAAUAUCUAAUCGGAUUGCCUCCACCAAUGCGAGAGCCCGCUUUUUGGGCAUGUGCGUGGGAGAAGCCCUGUCCGCCCUGGUAGACAACAACACGAAGAAGCUCGAUUUUCACAUGGAUGAAAUGGAAUCCGCAGAAGCACAAUGGCUUAAAGGCCUUAGUCAAGUCUCAGACCCUGUUGGGCCUGUUCAGUCGCUCUUGUCUAGCCUGCCGCUCUCACAAAAGCCAACGAAACCGCCCCAACAGCCAUUUCAGAAACAGCAAUUCAAGAAGAAACAAAGACACAAACCCACUGUUAGCGAGCCAGUCCCAAAAGCCAUAAUUGAAGAAGUUGACUCGUCCGACGACGAAGUUGAUAAUCUCCCGACUGCAGCCAAGUCUUCAGAUGACGAAGAUUCGGACGACGAUCCAACCUUGAUCCAACGGAACAAGCCUAAACCUCCAGUCUAUGUCCGUGACCUCAUCGCUUUCCUUCGAGACUCGGAAUCAUACGACAAACAGAAACUCGCAGUGCAAACAGCGCCCGCGCUAAUUCGCCGGAAAGCCGAUUACGGCGCUGAAGUUAGCUCCCACGCUGAAGAGAUUGCACGACUCCUGGUCGGCCUCCAGGAUAAAUUCGAAAUUGCAAACUUUGAAGACCUGCGUCUUCAGAGCAUGAUCGCCCUGGUGAUUGCUCAGCCCAAAUCCAUGGCACCGUGGUUCGCUCGCACUUUCUUCGAAGGCGACUAUUCCCUCUCACAACGAAGCUCAGUUCUUGUCACACUGGGACUAUCGGCACGCGAACUGGCUGGUCUCGAAACCUCGGAGUAUAAGUCGUCAUCGUCAUUCCCCUCAAAACGACUCCCCGAAAAGCUUGAACAACUUUACCUAGAGUCCGCAACUCCCUCUGGUCAGCCGUCCUCAUCCAAUAUCAAAGCGCUCCCCCUCAAUGCCAUCAACAGGAUUGCCCAGUCCCUCACAGCCACUUUCCUCGCCCCCCUUGCCGCCGAAGCCGCCGACGCGAACACUGGACCCGACGCUCUGAAGCUUGAAACCUGCGCCGCGCGGUACAAGUCCAGGUCCCGGAACAGACCUCGCAUUCGUGCGAUACCAAAUACCACCGCCGCUAUUCUAGCGACGUACUUCUUCUCCCCGCUUACGGCACACUUUCAAUUUGCGCUGCGCUACUCCAAACCCGUCGUUCUCAAUCCCUCCAUGCUUGCGCUCUAUCUCCAGACUCUGGGUAUUAUCGUGAAUGCCGCCGGUCCGUCGACACUGCCCCUGCCGCAGCUUACCUCUGAACUAUGGGACUUGCUAUUGCGGACAAGAGUCCAUGUGUUAGGGGACCUGGGCGCCCUUAAGGGCUGGCUGCUAGCCUUGUCGGUACUGCUGGAGGUAAAUGCGGACAAUAUGCGGCGAAUAUGCGAGGAGCAAGGCAGGGAGGUUGUAGAGUCGCGUGAAUGGGUAUCAGGCGUAUUUGAGCAGACGCACGGAGAUGAUGGUGGCGAGGAGAAUGACGUCAAGAUGCUGGCGGCGGGGGUCUUGAUCAAGCUGAGCGAGGCUAUUGAGCAGUAUCAGGCCCUACUGCUGGGGGACCUUCUUGGAUACGGCUGA